UAUAUUUAGGAAAACUAGGUUUUUCCCGAAAGGCACCUUUCAAAAAACGCUUAGUUAAUUGCUCAUCUGUAGAUGAGAUAUUCAAAAUUAAAGAUAAGGCAGACUUAUGAGCAUUUAAUGUGGCAAAAGAAAUAUCUGUCUCAAGGAGAAGGCUUAAAAAGGAGAUAAUAUGACCAACACUUGCGACGUAUGGUCUCAGUCUAUUUUCCUUACAGUAAACCCACCAUUUACGGAGAGUACCACUAUAUUGCCUCAAUGUAGAUUCACUUAAUGAUUUAAUCAUUAAUGGUAUAGCUUCUUCAGGAACUUCUUUUUCUACAAAGGAUCCCCGGAUAAUAUCGACGCCACUAGGGGUAUGUUCUUCCAAAAUGGAUGGCUGGUUCUAAAUGGAGAUAAAAGUAAGUUUUUAUUGGGUUUAAAAAUUAAGGGUUUUGUUGACGAAAGUCUUAGAAACAAAGAAAACCAUGAUUGAUUGGGCCAGUAGGGAACUACAAGUAUUCCUUUAGAUUUAUCUUUAAUUAGCUUAUUCAAAACCCGUCCAAUUAUGGGAAAAGGAGGAAACGCGUAAAAUUUCCAGGAUUUAUCCCACUUAAUUGUAAAUGCAUCAGAUGUUAAGGCUCCUGGAUCUUUCAACCAUGAAAUAUAUGUAUUACAUUUAGCAUUUAUCCUAGACGCAAACAAAUCGAUAUUAGGCUUACCAAACUGUUUUACUAUUUUAGAAAAAUUCUUACUAUUUAACGAAUAUUCCAUCUCAAUAUUUAAAAUUCUCGAUUGUUCAUCAGCAAUUAUAUUAUCUUUGGAUGGUAUAUAUGAAGCAUAGAGCAUUAUUUCCCGUUUUUCGCACCAUAGCCAUAUUUGUCUACUUAGAUUACUCAAUUUCUCAAAUUGUAUGCCUCCCAUUUUAUUUAUAUAGGCUAUGGCCGUUUUAUUGUCUACACGCAGAAGAAUGUUACAGUUUUUUGACUCUGAAGCAAAACACUGCAAUGCAUAAUGAAUUGCCAAAAGUUCGAGAAAAUUAAUGUGAUGUUUCAUAUCUUCUUGAUCCCAAAACCCAUGGGUAACUUCUGUAUUACAUGCAGCCCCCCAUCCCGUUUUGGAAGCGUCUGUAUAAAUUUCGUAAGCAUAUUCUUUACUACCCAAAUCAUUAAAAGAUGUGUCUAUUGUCUGUUUCCACCACAGUAGUUCCCUACAAAUAAUCUUUGAUACUAUAAUUUUAGAAUUAUAACUUCUAAAUCUCUUUAAACUCAAAAAUUUUGCUCGUUCUAAUCUGUUAAUAUGCAACCAUCCGUAUUGUACAACCGGACAAGCUGAAACUAACAAUCCAAUAAUUCUUGAUAACUCUCUUAUUUUACAUGUUCUCUUCCUAACAAAAGUAUUAAUUGCAUUUAAAAUUGCCUGUUUUUUAUGUUUGGGAAGAUAAAAUGUCAUGUUCUUACUAUUGUAAACAUAUCCUAAAUAUUCACAAACUUGACUCGGGACAAUUUUUGAUUUUUUAAAGUUUAUUAAAAAACCCAAUUUUCUCAAAGUGGACAACACUAUAGCUAUACUCUUAUCUACUUCACUUUUAGUUUUUCCUAGCAGUAAAAUAUCAUCCAAGUAAAUUAUACCCAGGAUUCCGAGUUGCCUAAAAUAAUUAAAUAUUGGUUUUAAAAGCUUAGUGAAAACAUAGGGUGCCGUAGAUAAACCCAUAGGCAAGCAAUUAAAUUCAAACAGUUUUUCCGCAAAUUUAAAUCUAAGAAAUUUCUUAUCUGUAUUAUUUAUUGGUAUCAUAUAAUAGGCAUCUUUUAAAUCGAUUGUAGCCAUGUAGAUAUUUCGAGAAAUUAAAUCUUUAACAGAUUUAUAAUUAUCCAAUUUGAAAUGAGGUGCUUUCAAGAACUUAUUGAGAUACUUUAGAUUUAAUAUAAAACGUUUUGUUUUGUCGGCUUUUGGUAUAAGAAAAUAGGGAGAUAAAAUUUGGUUCUCUACUGGUUGACAUUGACUGAUUACUCCCUUGUUCACUAAAUCCAAGAUGGCAGCGGAAUAGUGUCUUAUCUCAUCUUCCUGCAUUUUCUUUGGAAGAUAACUAUAUUGAAAAGGAUUUUUGAAAAAUGGCAUCUUAUAUCCCUUGACCCACGACAAAAUGGUCUUAUCCUGAGUAAAUUGCAGCCAAUUUGCCAUAUAAUGUUUUAUUCUGCCAGCAUAUACACUGGUACCCACCUCUAUUUCUGGUAAUUGCGUCUCUGGUACACUUUGUCGUGGCGAUCCUUCCCUUGAGCCCGGUCUCUUCCUUGAGGGCGACCUUUCAUUCUUCCUUUGUGGAAGUGAGGCUGGUAGUUUAAAGAUACCGAAGGUCUCUUCAUGAGGUUACCUCUGAAGGACUUAUCAGGAAAAACGUUAUUUGAGGUAGAUGGCAGCUGUCUUGACGAAGAUGGAUGAGCAUUCUUCAUUUCUUUCCCCGUUCUCCAUUGGGCCUUAACCUCUUUGAAUUUAUCGGCAAAAUUUUUACCACACAAAAAUUCGUCAGGUUUACUUUCUCUGACGAUUUUCUUCACUGUAGAGUUUAAGUGCCCUUCUACGUGAUAUUUCCGGUUUGUGGACAUCAUGUGGAAAACGCCACACAAAAUUUUGCCAGCGUCCACCACACUUGGGUAACAUUUUGGAUUUAAAAACCAUCGAGGCUGCAUCCGGUGCUGCUACAUCUUCUUUCAACAUACCAUCAAUUACCCCUGCGAUGGCAGCCAGUGCUACGCCCACAUGCUUCUGAAUAGUAGAAACAUAUUUGUCCUCUUUUUUGACAGGAUCGCCUAAGGUUGCUUCCAAUUCCGGGUUCAACAAAGGGGCUCGUAAGUAAGGAAUAUUUUUGGGAAUCAGGUAUUUUUUGUCCAACUCCUCCUUGUCCGAUUUCUCUAAACCUAAUGUCACGUACUUGGUCCAUCGAUCAGCCAGAGAUUUGUGAACCUCGCUUCCUAAUACUGGCUCACUUCCCGACGGAAUUUCGCCCAGGAGUCUGAGAAUUUCCGGAUUUUCAUCUUGAGAUUGUUCUUCAACUACAGGAGGAGACCUCUCUGCCUCAUUGAUUAUGACUUCUGGCUCUAAAUGUGUAUACGUUUGUCCCGUACUAUAUACACUGCUUAUACUUCCUGAUGAAUCAGAAUCCGAGCUGGAUUCACCUAAAAAAUAUAUACAGUCCUCCCUACUUGCGCAUGCAAUAUCCUUAACAUAUUCUGUAGAAUAUGUCCUGGGUUUAACGGUUUUACCCUAUUUAUACGUUUUUCACGUUAUGUGAAAACUGCAAAAGGCUUUAACGGUUCUAGCCCAUUCUUAAUACAUUAGGUUUAACGAUUUUACCUAAAAACAACUUACUAGUGCUCUUACACCUCGCCGACUUUUCUUGUCAAUUUUCUCUAAACUCUUAAUUAGUUUCCGCCGUUUUCUCUCCAAUCUUGCAGCAUCACUACUUGUUUUUCGCUUCGGCAUUUCACGAAUUUCCACCAAAAUGUAAAUAAACCGGUCCGUACUCGACGAAGCACAACAGUGUAAUGAUUCAUAUGCCUGGGCCGAUAAGAAACGCAAGAUAGAUAGGUAUUUUGUUUGUAUAAAAAUGUUGUGCUCGACAAAGCAUAAAUGGUGUUACUACGUGUGUGAUCUAAUUGGACGAGUAUAGCGAAGUAUAAUGAUAAACCUACAAGGUAUAAUCUAGAUUGUGUAGAAACUUAUCCUGCUGUACUUGAUGGACAUGGUGAACUUAGUGAUAGCAAUGAGCCAUUUAAAGUAAGACCAUUGAAUGGUCAAAUUUCAUUUCCAAUAAUAAGGAUUCCAAUGCCUUGUAGAUCAUUACUAGUUAUGUAUGGGUCAGCUAGGUAUAAUUGGGAGCAUCGUAUCUUGAGGGAAGAUGUUAAAAUGAGGAGAGUUUGUUUGGCUUAUAGGGAAUUUACACCACCAUAUUUGAAAGAUGAUAAAUCUAAAGACGUUUUGUUGGAAGCUAAAAACUUUUGGUAAUAAUAUCAAAUUUUAGAUCAUUAAAAAAAUAUAAUACUAGUAUAAAGUGAAGAUUUCAUUCUGAAAUACUUAAUUUUUUUGUGCAUAUAAAAGGACCUAUGUCAAAUGAUAAGAAAGUUCUCACAUUAUGAAUGUAUUUUUAUUUCAUAUCUCCAAGUUCAAAAACAUACAUUUAACAUGUUCACUAUGAGGAUUAACAGGUCUUAGUUUUCUAUUUUUGAUAGUUCCAAGAUAUCUGUAUAAUAGAUCAUAUUAGAUAUACUAUAUUUUUUUUAAGGAGUUUUUGCAAUCAACUGUUUAUAUUAUCCAAGAGAAGUGUAUGGAACUAUUUGCUACCAUUUUUUCUUUACACUCUGAUGGCCAUAUUAUAACUGACACAAAUAUUCUAAUGUCAUGUCAGUCAUAAGGACUGACAUUACAUAGCUAUAUCCACUUCUUAUUUAGCACGAGUUGAGUUUUGCAUUAAUUAUAUCAGGUUUGCAUGAAAAUGAAGUGAAAUAUUUAUAUUGUUGAGUUUUGUAGGCAAGCAUUCAAUGUGUAAAGAUGAAAGAAAAUAAAAACGACUCCACAGAGUCAGAUCCAUGGCAAAUGUUGCGACCCAUCUGGAUGCAAAGAUCUCCUCUUAUUGUACCUGGGGCACUGUCAGCAGGGUUUGUAGCACCUAGCAUCACUCUUCCAGUUUUAACAACAUUCAGGCCCUCCCAUACCAUAGGAACAACUGGGCCUGAGGCCAUGUAUUUAACUAAGGCUGGGAAGAAUGGCUUGUCUGACAAGUCAGCAUAG